GAGUCAUAGCAACAAGGAUUUCCACACCCGCAGCUUUGUAGAUGGAGCAUUCCAUGGACAGCUACAGCGGCGAGGUAGCAUGGCGGUUCGGAGCGACGAACCCGGCGCUGGAGGUAGCCCGGGCACAUAGCAUCCGUUGGCUCCUGUACCGGAUCUAUGACUGCCUCAACAAGAACGACUCGAGGCCUAUGGCGCCGCUUGGCUUCGGCGACCCCUCGGCGUUCGAGUGCUUCCGUACGGCCGCCGCGACUGAGGACGCCAUUGUCGCUGCCGCCUGCUCCGGCAAGCACAACAGCUACCCCCCGGUUGCCGGCAGCACGGACGCGUUCAGUGCCGUGGCUUCGUACCUAUCUCGGGAUCUCCCCUAUGAUAUCUCGCCAAGCGACAUUGUCUUCACCGCGGGAUGCAAUCACGCCAUCGAGACCAUGAUGGCUGUCCUUGCUACGCCGGGCGCCAAUGUGCUGCUCCCGCGGCCGGGUUACCCCAUGUACGAAGUGUACGCAGCCUUUCAUGGCCUUGAAUUCCGGCAUUUUGAUCUUCUACCAGAAAAGGAAUGGGAGGUAGACCUCAAAGGCGUAGAGGCCUUUGCCGACGAUAACACCGUCGCCAUGGUUAUUAUAAGCCUUAACAACCCAUCUGGGUCCGUAUACUCUUAUGAGCACUUGGCCAAGAUUGCGGAGACUGCCAGGAAGCUGGGGAUAAUGGUCAUCAGUGAUGAGGUUCAAUUCGUUUUUGGAAGCAAACCGUUCAUUCCGAUGGGUGUUUUUGGGGAGACAGUUCCUGUGGUGACAUUGGGAGGCAUAUCUAAGAGGUGGAUGGUGCCCGGUUACCGAUUCGGAUGGAUUGCAGUGACUGACCCAAAAGGAGUCCUCAGGAAGAACAAUGUUUUUGAGUCGAUCGUAACCUACCGUGGCAUCACAGCAGACCCUGCAGCACCUAUUCAGGGAGCCAUACCCCAAAUUAUUGCGAUCACAGACAAAUCUUUCUUUGCGAAGGCAAUUGGCUUGAUGAGGGGGGCAGCGGAGCUAUGCUACCGGAAACUGCAGGACAUUGAUUGCAUCACUUGUUCCCACAAACCAGAGGGGGCUAUGUCAGUCAUGGUAAAGCUGGACAUUGCAUAUUUGGAUGGCAUAGAUGACGAUAUCGACUUCUGCUGCAAGUUGGCCACCGAGGAGUCUGUGGUGAUAUGUCCCGGUAGUGGACUCCGGAUGAAGAACUGGCUCCGCAUAACCUUCGCGGUGGAUCUGCUCUUGCUUGAUGAUGCCCUGGAGAGGCUCAAGUCUUUUUGCCUCAGGCAUGCCAAACAAAAUACGAAAGCAUGACCAAAUGCAUGUGAACAUGAAUUGAAUAUCACCGCUAUUUCAAAAUAGACAAACUUGCAAGGCGUGCUCAAUUUUUCAAAGAACUUGAUGAUUGUCAAAUGCAUUCAUAAACAGUUGACGAUAGAUGCAAUAAGGAAGACGAAUAUGUACUUUUGAAUAAUAUGUUAUUAUUUUAUGCAUG